GACUGGAAGGAUGACUGAGGCAGUGAAGGAGUUCCUGGAAAAAGGUUUCUUCCUACAUGAGUUGCCGUUCUAAAGGACAGACUCAGGAACAUUCCUCAAUCAGCUAUGACGUAAGAUCAAGAAGAGGGAGGCGUGGAGGGGGCGUGUCACGUGUUGUUGUUGUCCAUCAGCUGAUCUACCUUGUUCUUGACGCCCACCCACUGAAGUGUCAGCUGUCCGGCCUGCAGUUCUAUUGGACUCACACCAACAGCAUCAUGGUGGUGGGGCAGAGGCAGGAGAUACCAUUAGUACCAGCAGAGCAGAGCCGCUUGGAGACUGUCAACACCUGUGUGGAUGUUCUCACUCACCUGGAGGCUGUGGUGGAUCAGGUCUUCUCAUCCAUUACCACAAGACUUGCUGAUACCACAGCCAGACUGGAGGGACUGAGGCAGAGGGCUGCUGAUGCUCAAGCCAAGGUGGACAAAUUGACAGGCAUCACAAAAGCUACACAGGUUUUCUCCAGUGCUCAGUACCCAGGUGGGGAGGUAUACAAACCCUAUCAACAGGUACACACAGAUACUGCCCGCAUGCCUUACUUGGCCACCCCAAUCAAUCCUAAUCAUGAUCCAAUACCUGCCCAAUCCAUACUUCAGGAUAAGCUACAAUUUUAUCAUGUAAGGGAGCGGAAGAGCAUUGGAGGCCAGAGGGUCGUGGGUGGCCUUGUGGGGGAGGAGACAGAGAAGGAGGAUGGCUUAGGAAGACUGCCUCCUCAUCUCUCCUCUGUGACAUCUCUUCUUCUCUUCAACACCACACAUAAUCCAUACAAGAAGUACAUGGUGUUGGAUCCCCUUGGAGUGGUGUCAGGCACGCGUGGUGUUGCUCCCCGCAGCAGGGCAGGGACAGGACCUGAUGAGUCCCACACACUGCAUGAUGCCCCUGCCACAAUGCAGGAUGGUGACAAAGACAUCCUGGUGGCUAAGGAUGGCUACCAGUACCUUCCUGACCUUCCUGAUGUGCCUGACCUUGAUCUGCCCAUGGAACUGCCCUCACUCACUGGUGUGGCCAAUGAUCUUCUCUACGAGGGAGGAGCAGACCACAACAUCGCCCCCUCCCUCACACUCCAUGAUGGACCCCUCUCCUUCUUCUCCUCCUCUACCCCCUCCCCUUCCCAACCUCCUGCACAACCCCCAACACAACCCUCCUCUCAACCCUCCUCUCAACCCUCCUCCCAUCCCUCCCCCAGUCCUGCUCCUGCCCCUGAACAGCCUCCCACCCCUGCCCCUCCUCCUCCGGCUUCCUCUGCUCCUCCUACUCCUGCUCCUGCUCCCACUCCUUCAGCUCCUACUACAGGUGCUCCUCCUCCACCUCCACCUCCACCCCCUCCUCCUCCAGCAACAGCUCUUCCUGCACCUGAGAGUGUCCCUGCAGCAGCACUAACUGAAGCACGGAGUGACCUCAUGAGGGCCAUUCAGGAGGCUGGGGGAAUGGGAAGGGCCAAGCUCAAGAGUGCCAAGGAGGACAGAAAGAGGAGGAAGCAGGAAGGCGAGGAAGAGGAGGAAGGGAAAGGUGGUGGUGGUAAGGGUUCAGGUGGCAAGGCCCCAGCAGGUGACUUCAUGAGUGACCUGUUCAACCGCCUCUCUCAGCGACGCAAGGGCAUCUCAGGGGCACAGAAGACUCCUAGUGAGCCCUCCAAGAACCAGGGUGGCAGUGCAAGUACCAACACAUCUACCACCAUGGAGAAACUAUCCUCCCUCAUCCCUCCACCUCCUCUUACUGCCAGUGUGGAGGAGGAGGCACGGGAGGGAAGCGAUGAUGAUUGGGAUUAAAGAUCUUACUCCUUUCUUUCUCCCUGAUUCUCUCUCUCUCUCUCUCUCUGAUCAAAACAGCAAGCUAUGUGAUAUCUGAAUAGAUUAACUGAUUUUUCCAUUAAUCUUUAUCAUAUCCAUUACAGUGAAUUGGCUUAUGUUAUGUUGGAUUAUAUAUAUGUAUAUUCAGGAGUAUAUGCUGUAUUUUUUUUUUUUUUUUGCAGAGAUUAUUGUUCCUCCUCUCUUCCUGUUUCACUUCUUGUUAUUAUUGUUCUCAUCAUUAAUAUUAUUCUCAUCAUCACUAUUGUUAUAUGAACAACUGUAAUGUCCUUUUUCACUGCCAAUGUGAAAAGAAAGUUAAGAUUAAGUAUUAAUGAUUUAUUUCAACAUAAUUUGAAGACCAAUGAGCUGUAUGAUAAUUAUAUAUAAUGGUCUUGUAAUUUUGAAUAAUAAAAAUUAUAAUACCCUCUUCCCCAGUCACACAA